AUGUCCUCUGACGCCAUAGCCAACCCCCAAACAGUGGCGCCGAGUGAGUCGAAGAGCGCCCGCAAGAAGAAGGCCAAGGCAGAAGCUGCUGCCGCAGCUGUUCCUGCCCCAGACAAGUCUACUUCUGAACUGGGAGCUGGCUCUUCCGACGCAGCAGGAAAGACCAAUGGCGUUGAGAGCGGUUCCGAGAAUGGAUACAUUAAGGAGCUCCAAAAGAGCGUACGAAAUGUCAAUAAGAAGCUCAAUCUCAUGCAAAAGGUCGAUGCCAUAAUUGAGGCAAACCCCGGUAUCUCUCUCGAUGACCUCGUGUCCUCCCGCAAGAUCAACGCCGACCAGAAAGCUCAAGCUUUGAAGAAGCCCGGUCUUCAGUCUCAGCUUGCUCAGCUUGAGGAGCAGAUCGCCCAGUACAAGAAAUUCGACCAGGAAUACCAACAGAAGAUCGCCCAGGAGAAAGAAAUUCUGCGCCAAUCACACUCAGAGGACCUCGAGAAGCUGAGGGGGACCUUGAAGGCGGAGGCGGCGAUCGAGGCGCGAAAGGUUUUCAAAGAAAAGUUUCUCACUCUGUCGAGGUUCCUGCGGGCAGCUGCCGCUCGACGCCAGCUCGAAGAUGACGACUCAGAUUUGACAAAGGCGUUCGAGGGUGCAUUGCUUCUGGUAUACGGCGGCGAUGCCAGUGCAGUUGCGGCUGCUGAGAAGCUGAUUGACGGUUCCGAGGAUAAUGUUCCCUCAACUGAGGGUGUAUCCCUGAGCGUAACCUGUAAGCCUUCCUCAAAGAAUAUUAAAGAAGCUGCUCUCGAGGAGGCUCCGUUUGCAGCUGAAGAGGCUUGGGUCGACGACGUGGCACAGUCACAACCAGCUCCGCCUGAAACCGAGACUGAGACCACUCCAGCUAUUACCACCGACCCAACUAUUGCUAAUGCGGGACUGACGGAGCUCAACACAGGCGUGACAUCACUCAAUAGAGGCGCGGAGGCUGCUGAUACACCAAGCGCACCACCGGCAUCGAGUGUCGGCGCAGGUGCUGCGAAUGCGGCAGCGGAGGAACAGUGGGACAAGCAACCGUCUGGAUCAGAUGAUCCCCUAGCGGAGUCUUUCGAGAUGGUGCCGCGCGACCCAGCUGAGACUGAGUCCCCGGCGGCUGUUGCCCCUAUCAGCAGUGUGCAAAGCUGGGCUGAUGAGCCUCCUGAGCCCACUUCUACCACUACCCCAACAUCUGCGAACGGCAACGAUGGUUUCCACGAAGUACAUCACAACCGAGGCGGCAGGGGACGAGGCGGACCGCAGGGUGAGAGUCGAGGUGGAUAUAGGGGCAGGGCCGGACAACGCGGCGAUUAUCGCGGACGCAGUCGUGGCCGUGGAGACUUCCGUGGCCGUGGCCGAGGAUCAGGAUUCCGAGGUGGACGGGGAGAUUCGCAGUAG